AUGUUUUGGAGGUUUGGCGGUUACGCCAACAUAUCCACCAUCGACACCAUCCUCGACAAGAAUGAUUUCACCCUUGAAGAGCUCCUCGACGAGGGCGACCUCAUACAAGAACUAAAGCAACACAAUGCGAAGCUUAUCGACUAUCUGCGGGACGAGCCUGUCCUAGUCAAGCUGCUCGAAUACGUGGUCGCCCCUAAACUAGAGCCUGUCGCGACCCCCGAUGUCGACGAUGAUGACGAGAAGGAACUCGAAGUCGAGACGGAGAAGGGGAAAAGCCGUGUCCUGCCCUUCUCCCGUCCAAGAGCAUCAUCCAGGGCAUCCGAGCCUGAAAACAAGGAGGAAGAGAUGGAGAAGAAGCGCAAUAGGUACGCGUACGUUGCGGCCGAGAUCCUUGCGUCAGACAACUGGUCAAUAUGCGAGGCGCUUCUCGCAAACAAGACCAUGCUGCGCAACUUCUGGGAAUUUCUGCAGCAUCCCAUCCCUCUCGACCCCCUACAGGCUAGUUAUUUCACCAAGGUCAACGAGGCCCUUUUCGACAAGAAAACCGAGGAGAUGAUCGAGUUGCUCAAGUCUAUCGACAACGCAGUCCCUGAUAUGCUUCGACACGUCGAUUGCCCCAUGAUCAUGGACCUGUUGCUCAAGAUCAUCAGUCUCGAGCGAACCGAAGCUGGUCAAGGAAUUGUCGAGUGGCUGUAUACCCAAGACGUCAUGCCAACACUACUGUCCUUCCUCGGCCCUGAGCACAGCUGGGCCACUCAGACCUCAGCCGGUGACUUCAUGAAGGCCAUCAUCACUGUAUCCGCGAACGCCUCGCAAAACGAGCAGACGUGCAUCGGUCCAAACGAGCUUACUAGGCAAUUGGUAUCAAAAGACUGCGUCGAGAAGCUGAUAUCCUACAUGUUGGGCGGAGGAAACGCCUUGACGGUCGGUGUGGGGAUCGUCAUCGAGGUGAUCCGCAAAAACAACUCCGAUUACGAUCCCGACGUCGGUGCCGAGGCCAACUCCUCUCCCUCAAGUAGAGACCCCAUCUACCUAGGUACCCUUCUGCGACUCUUCGCCGAUCACGUUCCCGACUUUGCACACUUGAUCAUGAAUGCUCCAGCCCAGAAAGCCCGUCUUGAUUCCACCUUUGGUGACAAGAUCGAGCCGCUUGGCUUUGAUCGUUUCAAGACCUGCGAGCUGAUGGCCGAGCUCCUGCACUGUAGCAACAUGGGCUUGCUAAACGAGGUCGGUUCCGAGGAGCUCAUCGCUGCUAGAGAUAGCGAACGCCAGCGGUUACGUGUCGAGGGCAAGCUUUCCGCUCUGCGCGGCGAGGACGUGCCAUCCUCAGCAGAUGACCUCACUAUGCGCAUUUCACACUCGUCGCCUGCUGACGAAGGUCGCCGGCUCGAAAUCACCAACAUCUCGGAGGAUGAUGGCUUCGAAGAAGUUGCACACAGCAAAGAGAUGACCGAAGACACCUCCCAUGAGUUCGUCAAAGCGGAGGAGGAGAUACAAGCUGGUCAGGCAACUUCAUUCCUGGAUAAGGACGAGGACGACUUUGUCGACGAGCCGCUCAGCUCUCCUCGGCUUCAAGUCAGCGACGCCAAGAUUGAGGAGCCAGAUUUCGACGACCCAGACCUGGUUGUGGCACCAUUAUCUCCAUCAAAGCAGAAGGCGGCUGAGCUUAACGACCUCCCUCCAUCACCAUCAAAGGACGAAGAUGUCAAGGCCGAGGAUGCUAAGGUCGAAGAUUUGGUGGAAGACAUGCAAAAGUCCUUGUUGGAAGACAAGCCGAAAACCCCAGAGCCUCAAGAUGCGGCGGGCUCCGCGGAGGAAAGUGGCGCUUCCACGCCUGCUAUUGAUACCCCAGCUGCCUCAUCGGUAGCCGAGUCCGAAAGUGCAAAACCUGAAGUCCAAGACGCAGCCCCAGGCGAACCAGAGGCACCAUCUUCCGAACCACAAACUGAGGAAGCAGACAAGCCCGCGCCACUCUUUUCUCAGUCUCAAACUGCUCCCGAGGAAGGUGCUGCUACAGCAGAAGAACCAAAGGACGCGGAGACUUCUGGUGAUGCUGAGAAGACAGAGGAACCCAAAUCCGUGCCAGAGGCUGCCGCACCAGAGGCUGCCGAGCCAGAACAAUCGGAGCAGGGAGCCGGCGAUGCAUCCAUCGUUGUCGGCCACGAGGUCCAGCCCGAGGCGCAGGAUCUCAGCAAUGUGCAGCCUGUCGUAGGCGAUUAUCUCAAGAUGCAGUUUGUUGAGUAUGGAAUCGUUCCUACCAUUCUGUCAUUCUUCUUCAAGUACCCCUGGAACAACUUCCUCCACAACGUUGUUUAUGAUAUUGUGCAGCAAGUCUUUAACGGACCAAUGGAUCGUGGCUUCAACCCCACACUCGCAAUUUCUCUGUUCGAAUCAGCAGACAUCACAAGCCAAAUCAUCAAUGGCCAACAUGCCAGCGAGCAGUCUCAGCAACAGAACAAGACCCGCAUGGGCUACAUGGGCCAUCUCACCCUCAUCGCCGAAGAGGUGGUGAAGUUCACUGAACGCCACCCUCCAGAGCUUCUCAGUGAGACGGUACUGCAGAAGGUUAUGGACCAGGAAUGGAUCAAUUAUGUUGAGGGUGCUCUCGCAGAGACCCGCGAGCGUGACAAUGCCAUCCUGGGAGGUGUCCGGCCCGAAGUGGCCAUGAGCAAUAGACAAGCUGGGGGUCUUUCAGCGGUCGGUCUAUCUAGUCUCGGCGCCGCGUUCGGUAGCUCACAAGGCGGUAGCUCGAACGCCCUGGCUGAUGCGGGUCUUAACGGCGGCCUGAAUGACAUGGGUGACAAUGGUGGUGGGAACGGCAUCGGACCCUUUGCCAUCUCAUCGGGCACAUUGAUGUCCGGCUUUGGUAGCAGUUCUGAUGAGGACGAGGAUGAAGAAGCCGAGAACGAGGAGGAUGUUAACAAUGAGGUUGGUAUUGUUUCUUUUGUUCCUCCCCAACCACGCCCUAGGAGGUCUUCUGGUUUAUCAUCUUUUGCCGGCCGCCCUGUGCCACGUCUCUUUACCCGGUCUGCAUCUUCCUUCCAGGGGAGUGAGGACUGCAUCGAGGAUUCCGACUCGGACGAUUCCGAAAAGUCUUGCCCGGAUUUGGACAACGACCACGACCACGAUAGCGCCGAUGAAGACGAGCUGGAGCCACGCAAGAUGAUUCAGAGCAAAAUCGCUCCGCCGAUGGUCGAUAGCCUUCGCAGGGUCAGCCUGGCCGAUUCCAUGGACGAUUUCGAGGAUGUCUCGUUAGGUGACGAAAGCGACACCGACUCCCUGGGCCACCUCUCACCCGAAGAGUGGGAAGAUGUUGAGGACAGGGGCUUGGCGCACGUGGACGAUGAUGUUUCAGGCCCUGUCCAACAAGUGGACGAUGGGGUCUUGGAGCAGGAGACAGACGUCGUCAGCCAAGCGGACGACGACGGCGACCCGCUCUUCCGCCUGCUCAUUUCAGUCAACUUCCCAUCAGAAGAGGAGAUGCAGCCACGCCGAGCUCGACGAGACGCGGAGAUCUACGAGGGCAUGCUCCAACUUGUGAAGGAGUUGUUCGAUGGCAAAUACCCCGGCACAUUUCUGGACCGCAUGGCCGAUAUACUUUCUUGUCCACCCGGCCAACCUCCGACUGAGCACGACAGGAGGGUGCAGGCUUGUCUGGUCGAGAUGGGGCGAUUGGUCAAGAAACACCCCGGACAAGACGAGGCCACAGAUUCGAGCUCCCAGACGAACAAACUGAUAGCAGACGACGAGGAGUGUGGGCACUCCGGCUUUUGCGUCUCAUCAAUGGCCUCGCGGGAUUGGCUGUCGUCUGUUGCGUCCUUGUGGUUCCGUGCCUACACCGACCCUCUAAACUCCUCAGGCCAGUCUGCAUCCAACAGCUUAAACCCACCUUCGAUCCCGCCGCCUCCGCCGCCCCCACCCCCGCUGAACAUCCCUCCUUCCCGCGCCCGAAUGGCCUUUGCAGCCCGGCUUGCCUCGAAACGCAAGGAGGCUGAAGAAGCCGGCGAGGACAGCGAGCUCAACGAGGAGAAAGGCCUGGGCAAGGGAGGUGCAAGCUCGUUACUUCAAGACAAGGACAAAGAGGGCGACGGGCAGCUGCGAAACCCCUUCGCGGAUGACGAGGACGACGAUGAGCAGAGCGAUGACGAAGACGAUGACGACGAGGAAGGCGAUCUUGGACGGGCUGAGAGCACUAGCGGACAAGGCAAUAGCUGGAACAGAGGAGGGUGGUGGCGUGGGGCACUCGGCGGCCGACCAGGCAAGAGCACUAAGGAGACAUUUGGCGACGGCAGAGAUUCCUCCGACUCGGAAGAUGAAGCCGAAGGUCAGGGCGGCAACAGCAGUGACGAGGAGUUUGGUGACUUCGCCAUGCCUGAGUCCUCAGGAAAUACUGCCGACACCGGUAGCGCGACAUCAGGUUUCGAUGCGGACCGAGAGAAGGUGCUAGUCAAACCAAUGCCUGUACACCCGCCUGGCAGCAGUGGAAAUAAGGGCAACUUUUUAGGGCUGUGGCCUUUUGCGAAGAAGGACAAGGAUAAUAGCCCUACUAAGGAGGACACGGCUGAGAAGGACAAGACGGCCGAGGCAGAGACCGCCCCGGAGAAGCCAAUCGAGGCCCAGGCAGCAGAGGAGACGGUCAAAGAGCAGGAAGAGAAGGACGCUGCCGGGGAGGGCGGUGCCAAAGAUGAUGACAAGACGCCAGACGAGCCUCCAGUCGUGCUUAGUGAGGACGGCGAGAAGGUGCAGGCUGCUGUCGAGGCCAAGCGCCGAACGAGCAUCGAGGAGCCCGACGAGGGGGAUGAGGUUGUUGUCUAG